UGCAGAGCGAGCAGAAUGGCACAGGUACUUCAGAGUGGGCUGAAAGAGAAUUUUGCUGAUGUGCAAGUCUCUGUGGUGGACUGCCCUGACCUUACCCAGGAUCCUUUUCGGUUUCCUGUUAAGGGAAUCUGUGGUAAACCUCGAAUAACAGAUGUGGGAGGUGUUCCAUACCUGAUACCAAUGCCAAAGCAAGAUAAGAUCUAGAACAUGAAUGCUGUUGCUAAGGAAAUAGAAUUACCUGGGGCCUUCAUUCUUGGAGCUGGAGCAGUAUCUUCUAGAACCUUAGGGAUGAAUGCUGAGCUGAUGCCUGUGGUCCAGACGGAAGGUGAAGGGAAGCCUGCAGUGAAUGGCAGUUACUAUUCUACAAUAAACCCGGCAGACGGAGCGUGUCUACAGGAGAAGUAUAGUGAGAAAUACAGUGACUGUGACUUUGGACUGCUGGCUAAUCUUUACGCUUGUGAAGGGAAGCCUGGGAAGGUUAUUGAAGUCCGUGCCAACAGAAGGACAGGACAGAGCAGCCUGGUGACGUCUAUGAGGAAAACACUGGAAAAGCAAUACAGUGAUAAAUCUGUAGGGAUGGGCGGGACCUUCGUGAUUCAGAAGGGGAAAGCCAAAAUCCACAUCAUGCCUCCCGAGUUCUCUGCUUGUCCCCUGCUCACAGAUGAGGAUGUGAAUAAAUGGCUGAAACAUUUUGAAGUGAGGGCGCCCCUUAUCUGUCAGCCAGUGCUGGUGUCCCGAGACCCGGGCCUGGACCUUCGAGUGGAGCACACUCACUGUUUCAGUCACCACGGAGAGGGGGGCCACUACUAUAUAGACACAACGCCAGACAGCGUGGAGUACCUGGGAUACUUCCUACCUGCUGAGUUUCUAUACCGCAUCGACAGGCCUGAGGACACGCACGUGGUUGGCCGAGAAUGAGCUCAGCACUUCCUGCAAUUGCUGUUUAAAAAAAAACUAAACAGUUUUUAUAAUUUUAUCCAUCAUUAAAUGCAAGGAUCUGCUUGAAUGUAACCUGCAAUGGCACUGGCAGCAGUACCUAAGAUGUAACGUCACCCCUGUGUUAUAGUAAAAUAAAAACAUCUUAUAAAUAGAUGCACAGCACCAUCUGGUGGAGUGUUUUUUGUCAUAAUAAAAAUGCCUUGUCUAGCCUUUUUUAUUAGAUUUUUUUAUAUAUAUACAUGAUGCUUAUUUAACAAAGCAAAUGAUGUGCAACUGUUUAUAGUGCUAUAGUCACUAGUGCAUAACUGAUUUACAUUGAAAUCUGUAUUCAAGACAACCUUAAAGAAAGGGCCAUCUGUCUGUAGUGCCCACUUACUGAACAGGAACUGCAUUCAAGUGUAUGGUGUCUCUAGGGUUAAACUUUAUAAUGGCAAUGGUGCUGCCAUGAUUUAAAUUUAAUUCAGGUCACAAUAUAAAGUUUAUAGCACUAUAUAGAUAAAUGUCUCCCUGUAACAUACAAUUCUCAUGUUAAAUCGCAAUGUUAGCAGGUCCACUACUGCAUUUGCUGAGCAGCACAGUGUUCAGUAUGCUGUGGGGCUUUCUAUUAUCCUUGUGAUUAAAAGGAGACCAUCAGACUUAUAUACCUGUGAUAAGAAAAACUUACUGUACACACAUUAAACCC